GCACACUUCCUGUUGAUAAGAUCUGUAAACAAAUCAGGAAGAUCAGUGUUCCAAGUUCAGAAAUGUUGUUGUACCACCUGACAUUCUGAUAUUAUCAAUCACAUGUUCCUGACCAUAAGGUUAAAGAAGAAUGAACACACACAGAAAGCAACUUGACAGUGUUUUGGCAAAAUGUCAGAAUGGAAGAAAUAUGCUUCUUAUAUCAAAGAACAAAUAUGAAAAAAUUGUCCGCUAUUUGAAGUUUGGCACCAGCUCUUCCUAUCAGUUCAAGAGUUGGAUCCAGUUCCAUCGCUUCCAGCUGCUGCAGCUGCCCGAUGAAGACCAAACCGAGGUACUUGUGGUGCCGAAGGAAGGGGGCACGUCCAAGGGUUAUGUCAGGGUCUUGCAUGAGAAUCAGAUUUAUGGAAAAGUCCGAGAUAUUCAUGUCUAUGUAUUAAACCAUGGCAACUACACUCAGACACUUCAGUCUGUCUCUGACCUCUACCAUGACAUUUCCAAAGAUUAUAUUUCUGAAUUUGUAAGAAGAUGUGAUUGCUGUCAAGCAGAUUCAACAAGUGAUGUCAUUCCAGACAUUCAUCUUCAGACUGGUUCCACAAUGGCGGCAUCGGUCAGGCCCAUGAAAGAGAUUAACAACACUGUGUUUUCCUUCUUGCAAGAUGUGUCUGUCAACAUCAUAGAUAUGAGUCUAAAACCUUCGAAUGAAUUUCACUUCAUCGGUCAUGUUGAGGAUCAGUUUUCAAAUUUCAGUGUUUUGUUUCCUCUUAAGAAUGACAGUUCAAGGGAAAUAGCCAAAAAUUUAAAGCAAUAUUUCUUAAGCUAUUUUGGUCCCCCAAAGAUAUUUUCCAGUGUUGAUAAGCCAGACAUAGUCAGGGUCCUUGAUGAAGUUUCAAAUUCCUGGAAAGGUGACAGUCUUUCAUUUGCACUCGAUGGCUUCAAGAUUAAAACUCAAAAUACUGACUCCUCAAAAUCAGAUGAGGUAGCUUCUUUUAUAUGGGACAGCAUUUGUCUCAUUGCAAAGGAAGGUUAUGAUGAGAGAGAAUGGUCAGAUUGGCUUCCAGAAAUCAUGUUGAAAUUGAAUGUGGCGAGGAGGCCUUCAGCUUUUCAGGAUCCUUACGCUGUUGUGUUCGGUCAGCGAGCAUCAGUUUUGUCUGAAUGUGAUGAGUUUAUACCUGGUCGAGGUGGCAGUGAUCUGUCUGCAGCGGUGAACCCACAGGAAAGCAUCAAGACUUCAGAAAGAAAUAGGCCUGAAGAACAAAGCCAAGGUACAACAAAUACAUCCUCUACAGAUGACCCUAAUCCCUCGAUACCCAGACUAAAUGAUGUCCAUGUGAAGCAGGAACCUACUUCUGAUCAGGAGUCUGAAAGAGCAGCUGUUGCCUUCCAAACCAUCGAAGAAAGAAAUAAUGCAGAAUCUCUGUCGGUUUCUGGAAAACAGAAAAGUCUUCCCCUGGGCAUGAAACUUACUGAAGCUACAGGUGAAUAUUUGAUGAGGAAGAUGGUACUGGCCUGUGGCAGUUCAGAGAUUAAGCAGGAAGCAUUUGUAGAUGAUGCAGCAGCUCCUCAUGAACCUUCUUGCUCUGUGCCUGUGGAUUUCAGUAGAGAGGAUGAUGGACCAAUGGACUCUCCUCAUCAGGAUACUGAAAACUAUAUCACUGACCAUAACAACCGCCAUCGUGACCAGGAGGUUUGUGACACUGGUACCUCUGUCCUGAUUCCAUCUAAAAUUAGACCUUUAAAAAAAAUCAGCAAAUCUAAAUGGCAUCAACCAGUGCAAGCUUCAAAGGGAGAUGCUUCAAGGAUGGAUGCCUCAGUGCUAUAUGUCUCAAGGAUAGAUGCUUCAAGGACAACAGUCAGUGAUCCAAGGUUGAUGGAGGAUGGUGUUGAUUUGAUGACAAGAUUUACUUCACGGAAGGCACAAGAAUCCAAUUCUUCUAUGGAUUUGGGUCACUGUGUUGAGAUAGACAUUGCUGAAGAAGAAAACACAUCCUGGGACCCUUGCAAUGAACAAACUAGAGAAGGUUAUCGAAAUAGAAAUGCUAUACAUCCUCAUCCACCAGAGAUAAGAAAGAAACUCACCAAGGAGGAUGUCUGCUUUAUUGAAAGAUUAAAGAGAGAGAAUCCGACAUUGACACUCUCAGAAAUAAAAAAACAUCUCCGCAACGAAAGAAGUGUAGAGGUACACAUCUCCACUGUGUCAAGAGCAAUAAAGAGGAAGAAUUCUGUUCAUGAAGCGGCUGGUCUAAUUCCUCAAAGAAACACUGAUUCCAUUUGCCAAGAUGAACAUUUGGAAGAAAGGCUCUCAUCAUCUGAGAGUGGGUCUCAUGGGAGAGACAUAGAUUCUGACAAUUCAAGAUUUAAGGUGGAUUUGAUGAAGGACAGGAAACAACAAUUUCAUAAGAACUUCUUACCUCAUGAUGAAAUGUUCUUGACCUAUUUGCUGAGUAGGAAACCGUAUUUGACCUGUGAGGAAAUCAGGGAAAGAUUAAAAAAGGAAAGGGGCUUGUGCAUCUCCUUGCAUAAUCUCACUAAAAAAAUAUCGGCAAUGGCUCCCAAUCAUAAUAUCCAUGAGAAUGGACAUGGGGCAGAUUCAUCUAGGAACAAGGAUGACAGCACAAUGUUAGGUUCACCUUCAAGAGCAGAGAGUCCUGUGACCUUGCAGGGUCAGCACAUGAUGCAGCCGAAGCCUUCUGGCUUGAGGAAAUGGACUUCAAGAGGCAUCAAUGACAAUGUGGUCAUUAUGGGUGAAAAAGUUUUUGAGCAAACAGCAGUUACUCAGUCAAAAUCACAGCCUGUCUGUAAUGAACAGUUGGGUACUAGAUAUUUGCCUAGGAAAAUGCUCAUGCCCCCCAAAAGAAAACUUCAUGAUAGGUUGGUUGUAGAUUUGUCUGCCAGUCCGCCCACCGUUAUGGAAAAUGGUAAAAAUAGAUAUUCAAAGAAGUUUUGUCAUGCAAAAUCCCAGAAUGUCCAAACAGGAUGUGAAUUGGUUAAUCAACAUGGUCCUGAAACUUCUGUCAACAAUAAUGUGUCACCAGAAAUGUAUGACGAGGACACUGAACUUGUGACUCUGAGCAAUAAUACCUCACCAGAUGUAUAUGAAUGCGAGACAGAUCAGGGCAGCUUCUAUGGUUAUGAAACCAGGAAUGAAAUGGGUCAUAAAAAUGGUAAACUGCAGCCUGCUGAUUUGGACUUUCUAGAAUGUUUAAAGAGACAAAACCCAUGUAUCACAUUGACUGAGAUGAAGUAUAGGCUUCUCGAGGAGAGGAAUCUCAACGUCCAUGUGUCGUCUGUCUGCAGAGCUCUGAAGAAAAUUGUUCAUACUCAAGAAGAGAUGGAACCUAACUAUUUAGUGUAUAUAAACAGUCAAGAAGCAGGAGGUUCUGCUGAGUAUCAAGAUGAUAAAGGGGAAGAUUCCACAUGGGUUGAAUCUCAGUUUGAUGAAAGUCCAGAGGCCCAAAUUGCUUAUUCUGAGGAAUGUGUUCAGCCAAGCAACAGUGACAGGUUCACAUACAGGACAUCAUCCGACUUGUCAGGUAAUUCGUAUUCAGAGUCACCAGAUUACAUCCUUGAAGAAGAUGUUGAGGAUGAGGCAUAUUCAGGAUACCAGCUUCAAGCCGGGGUGGAUGCCAGGACGGAAGGGGAAUGGGAAGGUCUGGAGGUGACGAACAACAAGAAGCUGACUCUGAAGGACAUGCAGCUGAUUAAGCAGUUGAAGCAGGCAGACCCAACCAUUACUCUGAGGAACAUCAAGGCUUGGCUGUUGAAGGAGAAUGAUAAGGAUGUGCACCUUUCCACCGUUAGUAGAGCUCUCAAGAAGAUGAAUUGGUCAGUGAACCAGGGAAAGACAGGCGAUGUUAUCGACCUUACAUUGUGAGCCAAUCCUGACAGGAACAUCAUGACUUGGCUGUAGAAGCAGAAAGAUAAGGAUGUGCACCUUUAACCAUUAGACGAGCUCUCAAGAAGAUGAAUGUGUCAAGAACUGAAUUGGAAGACCUAACAUUGUGAGCCAAUCCUGACAGGAACAUCAACUACAUGUAAUAAGGUUUGGCUGUGGAAGGAGAAGGAUGUUCAUUUCCCCACUAUCAGUGGAACUCUCACGAAGAUCAAUGCUUUAUUACCAGGGAACGUCAGGAGAUGCUAUUGAUGAUACAGCUAAACAGAGUGAACAUCAAAUAGCCAUGACAGGCAAGAAAACUGUGACUGUUUGAAGUCAUAAUAAUCUUACGCCCAAAGUUAUACAUGUCAUGGAUUUUUACUGUCUCAAUCCAUGUAUUAGCUUUUGCUUAGUUUGUGACUCAGGUAGCUACAUUGUAUGUAUAGCAUGUAUAGUGCACCCUGCUUUUGAGAAUGGUGGAUCAGCCUCUGGAUUUGCCACUGUCUUGAAACUCACUUGCAUUGGCAACCCGUGAAGAUCCAGGGUAGAAUAGGUCUUCAGCAACCCAUGCUUGCCAUAAAAGGCGACUAUUCUUGUCAUGAGAGGCAACUAACGGGAUCGUGUGGUCAGGCUCGCUGGCUUGGUUCA